UAGUGUUCCUUUUUGGCUUGUUUGCCACGAAACGCGUCAUCUCUAAAGCAAUCGACGAUUCCUGGUUUUUCCCUUUCCCAAAUAUGGGCGUUACCACCUCAAUAUCUCUCUCACUCAAAGCCUUCCCCCGCACUUGACCCUUCAAAAGAAGGGAUUCUCCUUACCCCUAAACUUCACACUUUUUAUUUUCUUUUCAUAAGCCAGCAAACUAUUAUGCGCCAUGGAGCGCAAUACCCGCUUCCGCCUCUCCUUACUCCUGCUCCAUCUCCCACCCUAAACGCGGCCGCCACAGGCGGCGGCCACGAUCAUCCAAUGCUGGUUUCCGUUUUCUUGGCCCUUUUUCUCCCAUGCGCUGGCAUGAGUGCAGUUUUCAUUGUUUAUAGUUGUCUUUUAUGGUAUGCCUCGAAUUAUCGGACUCAUAAUAAUUCGGGGUCGUCCUCGGCGAUUAAGGAGGUGGGUGAGAAAGGGCUGUCUGUUUCAGAGCUGGAAAAGCUGCCCAAGGUUACCGGGAAGGAGCUCGUGUUGGGGACCGACUGUGCAGUUUGUCUCGAUGAGGUCGAGGCUGAGCAGCCAGCUAGAAUGGUUCCCGGUUGUAAUCACGGGUUUCAUUUGGAAUGCGCUGAUACAUGGCUUUCUAAGCGUCCGGUUUGUCCAGUUUGUAGAGCCAAGCUUGAGCCUAAGUUGUUCGAUUAUCCUUCUCAUCAUGAUCCCCGAUAAGCUUUAAGCCCUUAACUUCUACAGAAAAAAAGGGGGUCUUCUCUCAAGUUCAGUACUGUUCGAUGUUCAUACGAAGGUUUUUUUUCUUGGAGAGGAAGAGAAUAAAGGCGUCACCUAAGUUAUGUUAUAUAUUUCAUAUCAGCAUUCAUGUAUAAAUUUUCUCUUUUCCAGUUAUAUUUUGAUGUUGGUGGAAAUAAUUCCUCUUCAUAUUUACUC